AUAAAUCCACUCCUCCUAAGUUAAUGAAGGGCACCUUUAUGCUAAUCCUGCCACUGCCUUUCAACUGCUGAUUAAAUGAGAUUUGCUAUACAAUUCAUCUCUCAUUUGUUAUAUAACACUAACAUGAGUAAGUAUGGUUAAGAAGUAAGUGCUCUUUUCUCUCCUUAGUCAUAGAAUAGUUGUAGAGAUAUGACAGGUGAGGAGAAGAGCAUGAUCACCCCACCACCUUAUAUGUUCAUGGAGUGCCUCAAGAACCAUGCGGCCGCCAUUGGUGGGAGCGCCAAGGAUGGCUGUGGCGAGUUUAUGGCUGGCGGAGAGGAAGGCACCCUGGAGGCCUUCAACUGCGCUGCCUGCGUCUGCCACCAAAACUUCCACAGGAAGGUGAAGGUGCCUCAACAGGUCCGAGGAGGAGCGAAGAAGAGGUUCAGAACCAAGUUCACCAAGGACCAGAAGGAGAAGAUGCGCCGAUUUGCUCACAAAACUGGAUGGAAGAUAUACAAUGCAGAGGAUGCCGAGGUGCGGAGCUUCUGCGAGGAGAUUGGAGUCAGCAAGAAGGUUCUGAAGGUCUGGAUGCACAACCACAAAGGGAACAACCUUCCUACUGCUGCUGCUUAAUCUCAUCAGAUCCAACUAUUGAGUACCCUGCAUCUCUUGUUAGUGAUGUAGCAUUUUGUUUCCAGUUAUUUGAAUGCAAUAAAAAUAAAGUUGGGUUUUCUACA